AUGAACAAUCUCCCAUUUUCCUCGGCUAAUGCAGAGGGCAAAGAGCUUUCGUUGGACGACUAUGAUCGGAUACGCACCCCUCAUAAAUCCCUGGCAGACAACACUGAGCUUCGAUUACGAGCUGGAACUCUGUCCACGGAACUGAGUUGUCCGAUCUGCCUCGAUUUACUUACUCAGACGAUGACUACAAAGGAAUGUCUUCAUCGAUUCUGCGCUGAGUGCAUUACAACUGCUCUUUUUCGAGGAAAUAAAGAGUGCCCUACAUGCCGUAAAAAGCUGGUCUCAAAGCGAUCCCUCAGACCGGAUCCAAACUUUGAUUCACUUAUCGCAAAGAUCUGGCCCGACCGUAAGACAUACGAAGACCUUCAGUCCGUUGCCUCGGAGAAAUUCGCAGCUCAAACGAAUAUGGACGCUCUGCGCAGUUCGAUAGAAGAGGGCAUCAAAGCGCAGGAAGUAAAUAGACGGAAACGUGUCCAAGGCUCAUACGAGUGUGAAAAACGGAAAAAGAAGCGUGAGGAAGACGGAAACGCCAAUGGAACAGAAGAUUGCGCUACAGGAGACAACGAAUCGAACUCACCCACUGAGGAAGACGGAGAAGCCGCGGUACCGAUGUCAUGGUCAAGUACGGCUACCACUGCUCCGGCGGCUGGCUUCUGCAACGACUUCGUUGAAGAGGAAGAAGUCAUCGAUGAACUUGACCAUUUGACAGAAGUGCAGAUUGGAUAUGAUUCUGCAACAUUGGCCUACGAAAAGACGGAGGAAGAGUUGCAAGCUGAACUUGAUGAGUUAGAGGAAGUGGAAAUAGAGGAAAACGAGGAUAUAGAACAAGAAUCAAAGAGUGAUGAUGACACUGACUCUACUUCAUCAACGUAUAGCAGCUCUGGUGCAUCAUCACUCGAUUCUUCGCUACCUUCUUCUUCUGUCUCCAUUUCUGAUUGUAGCGACGAUGCUCCUCCACCUCAAACAUUCGUUAAUGGAAGCCCCAAUGGAACUCCCGGAGUAGAAAGUGUUACACCUCCGAUGGUACUGGCGAACAGUGACGAUACGGCUCAAACUACUAUUACAAGUUUGAAUCCAAAUACUUCCGAUUUAUCACCGUUGACGAGUGAAUCACAGCAUAGCUCAAAUACUGCUCUAGAAAUACAACCGCCGGUCUCGGUUCUUCAUCCAAAAGAAAGACUCAAUCAAUGGCUUGACGAAAAUCCAUCAUCACCUCAUCUUCCGGAGGAAAAUAUGAAUGAUCCUCUCCAAAGAAGGACGGAUGACGCUGACAUGUUGGAUCCUCCAAUGUCUGGUAUGGAUGAAAUCGAAGCGGAGCUGUUACCGUCGGCUGCACUACUUCGCCGACAAUGCCCUGCAGAAUUGUCAGCUCCGCGGUAUAUUAGGACAAAGCACGACACCACAAUGGAACAUCUGGCGGAAUUCAUACAUUUACGUGUCAUGGAAGAAGUGCAGUCGAAUCAGUGUGAUUUUGAUGCUGAUCCGGUCCCAACCAUUCCUCGUCCUCAGCACUUUUACGUGUUUAGUCGAAAUGACGGACAUCACAUUCGAAAAAUUUUCUUGCACGAGACCAUGCUAACGGCCCAGAGUGCUAUGACGAGAGAUGAUCACUUGAUAAUAUUUUUUGACACGGAACCGCCACAGCUCCGUGAGGAAAAGUCUAGCGUACUAGAAGACGUUGUUCAUGCACAUUUUCUCAGUUUGCCCCAUGUUUGA